AUGAACAAACAAAGUAUGAGUGGACAUCGGCGUCCUAUGAGAUCUAAGAAUGUGAAGAACCGCCCCAAAUCCAGCCAGGAACCAGAAAAACCACGUACUGAGCCCGAUACACCGUUGGAGCGCGAUAAAAAGCCGCCAAGUGAAACUGGUGGUCGUCGACAGAGCCUGAAUCCCACCAACUUCUUGUUCAACCCAGGCCGUCAAGACUCCAUAGUUUCGCUCCUCAACAACUACCAAACCAACGGCGCAGCAAGUGCUUCCGGAGCUAGUGGUCUGGGCCCCAUGUCGGCUGGUUCCGACCAGUUGGGAGGUGCUGUUUCUGGUGAAGCAGGAGUUCGAGAUCAGCCCAGCUAUUAUAUGAACCACAGGGACCUGGUGAUGUACCCACAACCGGAGAAUGUUCGACCACGUAGCGACAGUGUUUUUCUUCCUCCGCCGCUCGGGCUCUCCCGAAACGACGAGAGUGUGCUGUACCAGCCAAGAAACAAUAGUAUAUUCAGUUCGAUGAUCCAAAUACCCAGCGAACGAUCUAGCGAAAGAGGCUCCGCGGGCGGGCCUGAUUUUGAUUGGAGACAGCAGCCACCACAGCAGACUGGUCAACAGAGCCAGCAGAAUCAGCAGAACGAACGGCGCAGCUCCAAACCUUCUUUCGACAUGUCUCUCUGGGAGAGCCUAAAUGUCCCAGGCGGGUCUAUUGCGGGUUUGCCCAUUUCCAGUGGCAGUCUCAGCGGAAUUUUGGCUGGAAUAAAUAACGGAAGCAUCGAUUUUACCAACAUGACAAACGCGGAGCGCCGUGACUCGAUCUUAAAACUCUUGGAACAAACGCCAGACCAACUGCAGGUUCGUCCUAAACCACAAGGAGGAGCUGCCAACCUCAAAGAAGACAUUUUCUCCAACCGCAAGGUGAAACACGACGAUGUGUCAGACAACGUAGCUCCCGAUCUGAUCUCACCGGUUUCCUCAGGAUCCGCCAAAUCGAUCUAUAAGGACGAGCCCCAAUCGCCAGGAAGUUCUCCUCAGUUUACCAUGAGAAAUGGACCUCAACCACAGACUACUCAGCUACGAAACCUUCAGCCUCAAUAUUCAAACCAGGUGUACAACCAAACCGUCAACCAGUUUCCCAACCAAAACAUAGUUCCCAAUGCCCACAUGCGCCGUCAGCAGCAACCACCUCAAAAUGUGCCCGCAAACAUAUCCGGUCAGGGCUUUCAGAACCAACAACCUAUAGGCUUAGAUCUUGAAGAUUACAGGCGAUUCCAGCCGUAUCCCUACCAGACAGAUAACGUUCUCAUGGACAAAAAGCCAGGGGACCAGAAGGAGAUUCCGGCUCAACAAUUGGUCAAAUCAGAAGACGGCCAUCCAUUAUUGGGAGCCACUAAGGUCGACCAGUUGAUGCUUGUACUUCAAGCUAGAGAUAAAGGCAAUACCAAGGAGAUCCGCCGUGCUCCUGACGGCAGUAUUCUCGUGCCUGGCGAAGGAGCAGACUCUGUUGUACCUGAACCGGUUUCGCUAGUAGGCGGUUUAGAUCGUCAUCAGGGUGCAAAAGAUGAGCUUCACGACGAAGACGACCACUCUGGAAAAGGGAAAAAGAAAACCAAGGCACAAGAAUGUCCAUACUGUCAUAAAACCUUCACCCAAUCUACCCAUUUAGAGGUCCACGUUCGGUCCCACAUUGGAUACAAGCCGUAUGAGUGCACUUAUUGUCACAAGAGAUUCACUCAGGGAGGAAACUUGCGGACACAUUUGAGACUACACACUGGUGAGAAGCCAUUUGUUUGCGAUAUAUGCAAAAGAUCCUUUUCCAGAAAAGGUAAUUUGGAAAUGCACAAGUUGACCCAUGAAAAACUUAAACCAUUUCAGUGCAAAUUGGAUGAUUGUGGUAAAUCUUUCACUCAACUAGGCAACUUGAAAUCCCACCAGAAUCGAUUCCACCUCGAAACACUAAACAUGCUAACGAAAAAAGUCGCAGAAUUAAGCGGUGCCUCGAUUGAAAAGCUUCCUCAAGAAGAAAGGGACCUUCUUAAUUAUUUCAAAGAUUUGUACAAAAAUUCCAAUAAGGGAAUUAGAGGCAGAGGAAAGCGAACCCCAGUACCAGAUAACAAUAAGCUUGCAUCUGCCCCGGUGGGUGGUCUUACCAAUGUUCAGUUUCAAGAUGGCGUGUACGAUAUGAACCCAUACCAAUAA